AUGAACCACGCUCGAGUCAAGGCCCUCAAAGGCGACGGCAAGACCGUAUCGAAGAAAGCCAUCAAGUCUGGCCGCGCUUCUGCCAACCUGACUCCUCGAGGGUCUCCCUUUGCUUCGCUUCUGACGUCACCUGCACAUUCCGCAGCCCCAAGUAGGGCCGCCUCUGACGAGAGCGAAGAUGAAUUCGAGUUUGACGACACCAUGAGCAUUGCUUCAGCAAGCUCGCUAGUCGACACCAACGAAGACGGAACCAACACAUUUGACGCCCAGAAGUUUAUGGAGGAGCUUCAGGAUCGCAAGCACAACAACAGCGAUGCCAGGAACCAGCUUCUGGAACUGUACAUUAAAGUUCUGCGACAUCGAUUCGCACCUGCAACUGAGGAGUGGCUUGACGAGUCUGCCAGCGCCCUAGCUGAGCUCUUCAUCCGUGGCGCUAAUCGUGGCAUGGAAGCCAGAGAGCGCUUGCUUUAUCUUCAGGCCUACCUGUUGACCCUCAGUACCUCCGAGGAUGCCAACAUCUAUGAGCAGGCCGAUUCAACUCUGAAGCAAAUUAUUAAGGACGACGAUGACGAGGAGUGUAAGGCUUUCGGCAUUUACGCAUUGUGCUUCACAGUACUCUACGGCGGCGGUGGUGAGACAGAGGCUCUGGAGUUGCUCGACUACUUGUACGCUAUUGUUGAGUCUGAUGGCGACAAUAUUGAUUCUUACGACAAUGGUUUUAUUGUUGCUGCUGCUCUUCGAGGCUGGGCCUUUGUUGCCAGCCACGUGGACGACUUUUCAUAUGCAGCUACUAUGGCUUUGGAUGGGUUCUAUGAACAGCUCGAUAGUAUUGAUGUUGGUGUACAAACAAACGCUGCUACUUGCAUCGCCCUCAUUUUUGAGGCAGCGCGGAAGCACGAAGAGGAGACAGGGGAGUCUUGGGAUCUUCCUGUCAACCCAGAGAAGCUUACAGGUCGCAUGUCGGAGCUCGCCAAACAGAGCUCGAAAUCUGUGUCGAAGAAGGAUCGUCGUGACCUUCGUGAGAGCCUGAUCAGCGCCAUUACGUCUCUCGAGAAGGGUGUGGGUCCUGGGUAUUCCUCCGCUGGUUACACGCCGCAGAAGGGCGAGCAUGUUACCUCCAAACCCAAUGAGGAUGGUGUUGUCGAAUUUGGAUACCGCCACAAGCUUCGCCUCGGUCACUACGUCGCUGUGAUCGAUUCGUGGUCACUUUCUUCCCGAAUCGACAUGAUGAGACUUCUCUUCGGCGGGCACCUACAGAAGCACAUUUUCGAGAACCCUGUUGUGGCCGAGUGUCUCAGUGACGCCAACUUCACCGAGCAGAGUCCGAUGGCAAAGAGAAAGUAA